GGCGGGAGAUGCGAAGGGGCUGAGCGGGAAGGCGGCAGCGCUCUCUCGGCUCUGCCUCAGCGCCUGCCCAUCCCACCGCCCUGCUCUCCUUCACCGCCCGCCUCAUCCCCGUGCGCCCGGCUCUGCCUCCAGCCCUCCCUCCCGAGGAUACCCCGCGCCAUGUCCUUCCGCCAGAGGAGCCCGCACGGCAGCACGAAGAGCAGCCCGCAGCACCCCCCGCGCUGGGCCCAGGCACGGAAACGCGGCGCCGAUGGGAAGCGGCGGAGGCAGAACGAGCCCGAAUCUUCCGUGUUUGAGGCAAACGAGCCCAGGCCUGAGGACAGCCGGCUGGACAGUUUUACAACACCAGAAGGUCCUGGACCCCUUCCCCGAUGUCUAGACUGGGGAACUGCAGUGGAAGAAGAUGAAAUGAGGACCAAUGUUAACAAAGAAAUUGCAAGACACAGAAGAAAGCUCCUGAUAAAUGAAUUUUCAAGAGAAAGGAAGUCCUCCUCAGGAAGUUCCGACUCAAAGGAGUCCACGGUGACGGCAGAACUUGAGACAGAUGAGGUGGUUUUGAUGAGAAGACAAAAACAGAUAAACUAUGGAAAAAACACAAUUGCAUAUGAUAGAUACAUUAAAGAAGUUCCUAGAUGCCAUCGUAUACCAGGAGUUCAUCCCAGAACUCCAAACAAAUUUAAGAAGUACAGCCGUAGGUCAUGGGACCAGCAGAUUAAACUGUGGAAAGUGGCACUGCAUUCCUGGGAUCCACCAACUGAAGGAGGAUGUGAUCUGCAGGAAAUUUGUCCUGUUGUCCUUGGUGAGAUGGAGACAGAAUCUGUUGGAAGCAAUUCUACUGAAUCUCAAAGAAGCUGUCAGGAUGAUGAUACUUGUUCUGGCACUCCCACCAAAGUUAGACAUGUUGAUUAUCAAGCAGAAGGAGAAUUUGACUUGGAAGUGUGUUUGAGUGAGCCACUGAAAGAAUUUGAUACUGUGAGUUAAAUAGUCCUGUGCAAACUGUUUAAGAGAAAGUUUCUUUUAAAUUUGCAAGGUUAGCUUGAUCCAUAACCUGUUAAUAGUAAGAAAGCUUAGGCAAAGUUGAAGAUUGUCUCAAAGCUGUGAUUGGUCUAGAUAUUCUCCUGACCAGACUUCUGUAAAAUUGCAAUUAAGUUGUGUGACUUCUUGUUAACUUUUAAUUUAUGUAUAUCAGAUUUUUUUUAUAAAACUUUUUAAUCGAAAAACUAGCCAAAGGCAGCGCUAUCCUCUAGUAAUUAUAAAUAGCACAGCAAGAUCUUACCAAUUUCCCCCCACUCCCUCCCCCACUGUAAACAUGAUUUUAGUCCACCUGCAGAUCAAGAGCCAAGCAGGGAGAUUUUUUUGUUGUUACCUUGUUUCUACAUCUGGCUCUUGUAGAACACCUGACCUAAGUAAUGCACCUGGUGCUGAACCAUGUGGCUGAUUCGUACUAGUAAACCCAUCUACUGCAAGAUUACUGUAAGAUCAACUAUCUUACCUUGAAAAAACCUUCUUUUGCAAAACUGUUUCAGAAACAAUUGGUAGUUUAAUACCCUCAAGAAAUUGGAGGUCAGCAUGGUAAAAUCUAUGCAAUAAUAUUUUGGGUUUUUUAGAAGCAGUAGCCUUAACUUGAAAUUUGUAAACUGUCAUUUAUUAAUGCAGUCAAGAAAACAGUGUCCAGGGAUAGUGCUUGAUUCUUUCAGUUCUCUGGUUUUAAAUGUAAAACUGUUGUAAAUGUUAACAACUAUACAGAUUUUCUGCUGAGAGCAGUUCAUGUUUCUGUUGCUUUUGCGUGGGAUGUUGCUGGAAAAUAAACAGAACUGCGUUUACUUUCA